GGCGGACGCCUUCUCUCCCGGGCCGGCCCAGCGGGGUGUCCGCGAUACACCCCGAGAAGAGGGAAGGAACCCCAGGCCAUCUGGAAAAGGAGGGGGAUCUCCCGGGGCCUUGGGAAGUGAGUCAACUUCCUGUGGACAUGGCGGCGGCUGAGUGGAUCAGGAAGCCGCUUCCUUUGCCUGGAAGUUAACGUGGCAGCUGUGGAUGUCCAUCCGGAGAGCGAGUCAAGGCUCUGCUCUCCACACGGGCCAGAGGUAGAAUGACUUCUAGCUUCUUUCUCCUGGACUCCAGUCAGCAGGUGUGAUGCACCGUGACCCAGGCAGCGGGGUUCGAAGGAUGGCCGGGGAGCCAGGACACGGAGCUCCACGUUACUAUCCUCUCCCUGUGAGUGGGACUGGCACCCCAACUGCAGCUCCAGCCAGAAGUCUACCGAGCACAGGCUCAGGCCGGUGCACAGCCUACUUUCCCAGGGCCCAGGCAUGGAGGAGCUAAAAUGGGAACAGUACACUGUGACCCUACAAAAGGAUUCCAAAAGAGGAUUUGGAAUUGCAGUGUCUGGGGGCAGAGACAACCCCCACUUUGAAAAUGGAGAGACAUCUAUCGUCAUUUCUGAUGUGCUUGCCGGUGGACCCGCCGAUGGUCUGCUUAGAGAGAAUGACAGGGUGGUUAUGGUUAACGGCACCUCCAUGGAGGGUGUGCUCCAUUCAUUUGCUGUUCAGCAGCUAAGGAAAAGCGGGAAGGUCGCUGCCAUCGUGGUCAAGCGGCCGCGGAUAGUCCAGGUGGCCCCACUCCAAGGCAGCCCUGCCCUCAGCCACGAUGACCGGGCUUUUGAUGCGAUGGACGAGUUUGACAGCAGAAGUAUCCGCAGUGGGUACAGCGAGAGGAGCCUGCCGGGCAGCCGUGAAGGGCUUAACCGCAGCUGGGAGGGUAGCCUGGAGAGGGGCCGUGGCUACCACCGAGACCAAGAGCGCGACCGGGGCCGGAAUCGCAGCCGCGGCCAGAGCCUGGAGCGUGGCCUGGACCACGAUGAUCGCCGAGCGCGGGACCGCAGCUGUGGCCGCAGCAUAGAGCGGGACUACGAGCGGGACUACGAGCGGGACUACGAGCGUGCCUACCACCAGGCCUAUGGGCUGGACAGCCCGUCCGGAUCGAGUCACCGCUGGGUCCAGCCGGAGCGGCGCUUCGAGCACCCCAGGAACAGCAGCCGGGAGCACUCGCACAGCCCCAGCCUGGAGCCCCGGGGCCAGCCCAAUCCAGACAGGCACAUCGGGGUCCUCCUGACCAAGAGCAAAGCCAGUGAAGAGUAUGGCCUCCGGCUAGGCAGUCAGAUCUUCAUCAAGGAAAUGACCAAAACGGGUCUGGCAACUAAAGAUGGCAGCCUUCAUGAAGGGGACCUGAUCCUUAAGAUUAAUGGAACUGUCACUGAGAACAUGUCUUUAAUCGAUGCUGGGAAGCUGAUAGAGAAGUCCAGAGGAAAACUCCAGCUCGUGGUGUUCAGAGACAGCAAGCAGACGCUCAUCAAUAUCCCAUCACUAAAUGAUAGUGACUCUGAAAUAGAAGAUAUCUCAGAAAUGGGGUCAGUCCGGUCAUUUUCUCCAGAGGAAAGACGCCAGCAGUAUUCUGAUUAUGAUUAUCAUUCCUCCAGUGAGAAGCUGAAGGAGAGACCAAGCUCACGAGAGGACACACCACCAGGCAGACUGUCCCGGAUGGGGGCCACACUCACCCCAUUCAAGGCCUCAGGGGACAUGGAGACCAAAAAGGAACCCAGAAGCCAAGAGGAACCUCCAGCUCCUCUGCCCAGAGCAGCCCCAAGAACUUUUCUCCGUCCUAGUCCUGAAGAUGAAGCAAUAUAUGGCCCCGACACCAAGAUGUUGAAGUUCAAGAAGGGAGACAGUGUGGGCCUGCGGUUGGCUGGUGGCAAUGACGUUGGAUUAUUUGUUGGUGGCAUUCAAGAGGGUACUGCAGCAGAGCAGGCAGGCCUGCAGGAAGGAGACCAGAUUCUGAAGGUCAAUACACAGGACUUCAGAGGAAUGGUUCGGGAGGAUGCUGUUCUCUAUCUCUUGGAAAUCCCCAAAGGUGAAAUGGUGACCAUUUUAGUUCAGAGCCGAGCUGAUGUGUUCAGAGAUAUCCUGGCUUGUGGCAGAGGUGAUUCAUUUUUUAUAAGGACACACUUCGAGUGUGAGAAGGAAACUCCACAGAGCCUGGCCUUUACCCGGGGGGAGGUCUUCCGAGUAGUGGACACGCUGUAUGAUGGCAAGCUGGGCCACUGGCUGGCUGUGAGGAUUGGAAAUGAACUGGAGAAAGGCUUAAUCCCCAACAAAAGCAGAGCUGAACAGAUGGCCAGUGUCCAGAAUGGCCAGAGGGAUAACGCCGGGGACAGGGCAGACUUCUGGAGAAUGCGUGGUCAGAGAUCUGGGGCAAAAAAGAACCUGAAGAAGAGCCGAGAAGACCUGACUGCUGUUGUGUCUGUGAGCACCAAAUUCCCAGCAUAUGAAAGGGUUCUGCUGCGAGAAGCUGGUUUCAAGAGACCUGUGGUGUUAUUUGGUCCCAUAGCAGAUAUAGCAAUGGAAAAGUUGACAAAUGAGUUACCUGACUUGUUUCAAACUGCUAAAACAGAACCAAAAGAUGCAGGAUCUGAGAAAUCUUCUGGAGUAGUUCGAUUAAAUACUGUCAGGCAAAUUAUUGAGCAGGAUAAGCAUGCACUGCUGGAUGUAACUCCAAAAGCUGUUGACCUGUUGAAUUAUACCCAGUGGUUCCCAAUUGUGAUAUUUUUCAACCCAGACUCUAGACAAGGUAUUAAAACGAUGAGACAGAGGUUGAAUCCGUCAUCCAACAAAAGUUCUCGAAAGCUAUAUGAUCAAGCCAGCAAGCUCAAGAAAACUUGUGCACAUCUUUUUACAGCUACAAUCAACCUAAAUUCAGCUAAUGAUAGCUGGUUUGGCAGCUUGAAGGACACUAUUCAGAAUCAGCAAGGACAAGCAGUGUGGGUCUCUGAAGGAAAGAUGGAAGGGAUGGAUGAUGACCCCGACGACCACAUGUCCUACUUAACUGCCUUGGGUGCGGACUAUUUGAGUUGCGACAGCCGCCUCAUCAGUGACUUUGAAGACACCGACGGCGAAGGAGGUGCCUACACUGACAAUGAGCUGGAUGAGCCAGCUGAGGAGCCGCUGGUGUCUUCCAUCACCCGCUCCUCGGAGCCGGUGCAGCAUGAGGAGAGCAUAAGGAAACUCAGCCCAGACCCACCAGCUCAGAUGAGGAGGGCUGCUAGCAGAGAUCAACUUAGGGACAGUAGCCCACCCCCAGCAUUCAAGCCAGAGCCGCCCAAGGCGAAAACCCAGAGCAGAGAAGAAUCCUGUGACUUCUCCAAAUCCCAGGAAUACAAGCCAAAUCCCUCUGCCAUGGUUGGGAGUGAAAUUACUGGGCCAGCUGCGAAAGGUGGUCCUCCCCCCGUUGCGGCGAAACCCUCCUUCGGACGGUCCUUCCAGAAGCCCUCCGUUCCCAGCCCGCCCCCUGAGAGUGAGGCGGUUGGGGAGAACGUCGUGGAGGAGCAGGAGGGCGCUCCCAAGUCAGUCCUGGGCAGAGUCAAAAUAUUUGAGAAGAUGGACCAUAAGGCCAGACUACAGAGAAUGCAAGAGCUCCAGGACGCCCAGAAUGCACAGAUUGAAAUUGCUCAGAAGCAUCCUAGUCUCUAUGCAGUUCCAAUCAAAACACCCAAGCCAGAUGCCAGCCUGGCACAGCACACAAGUUCCAGACCCCCCGAGCCGCAGAAAGGCCCCUCCAGACCCUAUCAGAAUAUGCAAGGAAAUUACGGAAGUGACGCGGAGGAGGAGGAGUACCGCCAGCAGCUGGCAGAGCACUCAAAGCGCGGCUACUAUAGCCAGCCAGCCAGGUACCGGGACACCGAGCUGUAGGGAUGCGAGCGCGGACUCUUCCGGGCCUGUCUGCUGCCGCGUCAGACCCCGUGAGGCCCGGGGAUGGUCCAUCCCCAGCAGACAGGCCCUAUGGUGGCGUGGUGGAAGCGGAACUCGGUGUUCUUCUGGGGACCCAGGUGCCAGCCAGCGCACAUAGAGAACUAAGAUUCUCUGUGGAACUAGGAUAGAGAAGUUUAUUAUGGCUUUGUGCUCAGAAUUGGGAGGAACGCUACAGUCUGAUAUUGUUACUUGCUUCAGUGGACCAAAAUCUGUAUUAGUGCCGUUGCUGUGUUUUUAAUAUGUAUAUUGAGAAGCGAUACGUUUUCCCUCAUUUGUAGCUGCCUUCAAGGACAGCUUCAGUGUGAGGCAGAAUGUGAAAAACAGAGUAAAAUAUACUGUUUGGUUCAAACUAAAUUUAAAGUAUUUUAUUAUAAAGUGCCUUUGAUAAGAAGUGUCUUAAAUUCUCCUUUAAAGCUUUAUGCAAAGCCAUAAUGGACUAAAACUUUAUCUUGGCUGCAUUUUUUAUACCAUUUUAAUAGCUAUGAUUUUCCUCCUGCACGUCCUAUCAUCUUUUUAAAGUGUUCAUCUUUGUAAUAUUUUCUAUGAAUUCUGAUUGUACAUAUAAUGGCUAUGCUGGGUAGUUUGGCUGUAAAGUACUAAAAAGCUUGAAGGCCAAGAAGUUGGUAUGGAAAUGUAUUUGUUUAAAAUCAUGUGCUCCACAAAAGAAGAUAGUUGAGAAAAACAUAUUUAAUUCCACAAGUGUGUGUGUUGAUGGCCAUCAGUUUUAUAGUUUAAUAAAAAGGAGGAGUACAUUGUAAUCGAUAAUUUGCUUGUGGUGAAUUUGCACACACACAUACACACCGUGCUGCGGAUUGGACUCAA